AUGCAGGUUCUUGCUGUCACCCAUGCCAUCUGCAAACAUGUGCCUCUUUUCCUUUUAGAGACUUCUCCAGGAGUUGCUGAGGUGACGUUUGUGGAAAAGGAGCCAGCUGAACGCCAUGCAAUCAUGUCAUGGGAGCAAAAAAACUCCUGCACGUUGCCAGAGGAUUUAAAGAACUUCUAUCUGAUGACCGAUGGUUUUCAGAUGACCUGGAGUGUGAAGACUGAUGAUACCCCAAUGCCUCUGGGCUCUAUGGUGAUCAAUAGUAUCUCAAAGCUAUGUCGGCUGGGGGGCUCCUCCAUGUACACUCUGCCUAAUGCACCAACUCUUGCUGACCUGGAAGACGACACAGACGAGGAAGGUAAUGGAGACAAACCAGAGAAACCACACUUUGAUUCUCGUAGUCUUAUAUUUGAAUUAGACCCAUGCAAUGGGAAUGGGAAAGUUUGUCUGGUUUACAAGCACGCUAAACCAGUUGUCUCCGCAGACACAGAGAUAUGGUUCCUGGACAGAGCUCUAUAUUGGCAUUUCCUCACCAAAACCUUCACAGCGUAUUACCGCCUGCUCAUUACCCACCUGGGUCUCCCACAGUGGCAGUAUGCCUUCACCAGCUAUGGGGUCAGCCCCCAGGCCAAGCAAUGGUUUAACAUGUAUAAACCCAUAACCAUCAAUACAGCUCUCCUCUCUGAAGAAGCUGAUACCUUUGUGAACAAGCUCGACCCCAAUAAGGUAUUUAAAAGCAAGAACAAAACUCCAGUGAUGAAAAAGAAACCAUCCUCCCAGCCAGCAGGCUCCCAAAAGAGUCACACAAGCAUGACCUCCUCUAAGACAUCCGCACUAGCUGGGAAUUCUGCAAGGAAGUGAGACCCCCAGA